CUCCGGGAUCUCAGCGAGCGGCGGAUGGCGCGCGCCGGGCGACAGCGAGCGCCCAGGUGCUGGCCGCUGGCGCUGCUCGGGCUGGCGGCGACUCUGGGCGCGUGCCCGACGGCCGGGCGCCGCUGGCCGGUGCCCUACAAACCCGAAGACUCUCUUCCCCGGGCCAGUCAGGAUCACCUUGUUGGUCCACUUCAACCUGCAGCAUGAGGGGAAAGGAUCGCGGCUUGAUGAGGGACGGAUGGCAUGUUCGUCCGGGGAGUUCUGAAGGCUGCAGGUCAAGUCUGGUUCCGUCAGCUCGUCCUGUGUGUGGUGGUCUUAGGAAAAUUACUCAGUAUCUUCGUGCCCACAUGCCUGAACAGAAAACAGCGUUUCUCUUUCCGUCCGAAGCCAGAUCCAUACUGUCAAGCAAGAUAUACCUUCUGUCCUGCUGGCUCACCCUUCCCAGUUAUGAAGGACAGUGACGUCAUCGAAGUCUUACGACUACAGGCUCCUGUUUGGGAAUUUAAAUAUGGAGACCUCCUGGGACACUUUAAAAUCAUGCACGAUGCCAUCGGAUUCAGGAGUAUACUGACUGGCAAGAACUACACAAUGGAAUGGUAUGAGCUUUUCCAGCUUGGCAACUGCACAUUUCCCCACCUUCGACCUGAAAUGGAUGCUCCAUUCUGGUGUAACCAGGGAGCAGCCUGCUUUUUUGAAGGAAUUGAUGAUAAACACUGGAAGGAAAAUGGGACGUUAACUGUAGUCGCGACCAUAUCUGGAAACACCUUUAACAAAAUGGCACAGUGGGUGAAGCAGGACAAUGAAACAGGGAUUUAUUACGAGACAUGGACGGUCCAGGCCAGCCCAGGAAAAGGGGUGGAGACAUGGUUUGAACCCUACGACUGCUCUAGUUUUGUCUUACGGACAUACGACAAAUUGGCUGAACUUGGAACAGAAUUCAAGAAGAUAGAAACAAACUAUACAAGAAUAUUUCUUUACAGUGGAGAACCUACUUACUUGGGAAAUGAAACAUCUAUUUUUGGACCAGAAGGAAACAAGACUCUUGCUUUGGUCAUAAAAAAAUUUUAUGACCCCUUUAAACCAUCUUUGUCAACUAAAGAAUUUCUGUUGAGUCUCUUGAAAAUUUUUGAUUCAGUGAUUAUACACAGAGAGUUCUACUUGUUUUAUAACUUUGAAUAUUGGUUCCUACCUCUGAAGCCCCCCUUUGUCAAAAUAACAUACGAGGAAAUCCCUUUACCUGCGAGACAUACAACACUGACUGACCUGUAAAGGACACUCGUUCCUCUCCAGCCACCACACCGUGCUCUUCCAGGGCAUUUCUGUGUUUGUGUCUUCAUUCACCUUUCCCUCUGUGGCCAGGAAGGGGAAGUGCUCCUUGUUGGAAAUGCAGCAUACUGACCUUUCAAGACUCUUGGAAAGAAGCAGAAACCGUAAAUGAACUGGCCAAAGUGAAUGUGUUGUGGUCUUGAUUUUCCUGAGAAUUACUUGAUCUCGGCUACGGAGAUUCUUUGAUCCCGGUGUUGUCAUUUUUCUAGGGCCACCUUUUCUGUUACAGUACCACUGUUUCUUAGUUUAAGGGCUUUUUAGUCAUCGAAAUAAUAGCUGUUUUUAUAGUUAUUACAACUUCUGGGGUCCAGGUCUGACUAUUUUCUAUUCAUAUGACCUUAAAGUCUUGUUUGGGCUGCUUCUGGACAUGGUAAAUACAGUAGAAUUUCUGGCCACCAUUUUAGAAUUGGCUAGCAACGAACUGGCCAUUCUCAUAGAAGCUUAUCUCUAAAAUGAUUUGUGUUCUUAUCUCUAAAAUGAUCAUCUUCCACGAAUGAGAAGAUUGGUGGCACACUGAAUGUAUCUAUGGUCUCAGGACUAUUGGGAUCAAAAGAACACUGUAAACAGUCACCCUUGAAUUUGCCUAGAUUCCAUUCCUGGGUCCUGUGGUCACGGAGACUGUGAGCUGAUAGGACACUCUGCUCCAGCAGUUGCUCAGUACAGGCCACUGAGGAUUCUGGCUGCAGACAUAGCUCCGUGAGGUGUACGUCUGACUUCUUGUGUGUGCCCUCCGGUUGUUUGCCCACCAUCAAAGCUAGCACAGUGAGAGAGGGUUCACUUUCCUGGAAAAGAUAGGACUUUGUCAAGGACCUUCAGUUCACUAUGUUGCUGCUGUCAGUAGCAUUAGACAGGCUCCCAAGGUCCUGUAUUUUGAUCAAUUGAACUUAUUUUUGUUUGGUUUUGUGUUGUGUUUUUCCCCCCAUUCAACACUAGCACAAUAAUGCAAAGAACAAUCUGCUUGAUACAGCAAUGUGCCAGUUACUCAUUUCCACCCAGCAGCUGAGUGCCUCUUGAGAGGUUAUUACACUAUUGUUGAGCUGUCACAAAAAGCCUCAUCUUACAUGUCCACUGGCCCAGAUGUGUAAGUCAGGGCUUAUUAGCAAGGCUAAGUGACCUGGAAUUGCAUUUCAGUCAGAUCAUGCUGAAUGAACGGAUGCACUGGAUGCUUCUCAGCACUGUUCAGAUCGUGGCCUUUAGACCAGUAUCUAUGCACCAAAUGUUAGCAGUCUGUGUUGUUCCUGUCUAAUAAAAAGACAAAAACCA